AUGUCGACGCCCGUCCUUUUCUGUCUGUUUGCCAGUGAACAGGUCCUGGGGGUGACACACAGCUCCGGUCUCGGGGACCCUGGGCCUGUGAGGUGGCCCCUGGCGCUGUGCCUGCUCCUGGCCUGGAUCGUCAUCUUCCUCUGCACAUUGAAGGGGAUCCGCAGUUCGGGAAAGGUUGUGUACUUCACAGCUACCUUCCCGUACUUGGUCAUCCUGGUGCUGAUCAUCCGAGGGGCAACGCUGGAGGGCUCCAUUGACGGCGUCCGCUUCUACCUCUCCACAGACUGGAGUCGGCUGGGCAGUGCUCAGGUCUGGAAUGACGCUGCCUCCCAGAUCUUCUACUCCUUGGGCAUCGGCUUCGGAGGACUCCUCUCCAUGGCUUCCUACAACAAAUUCGACAACAACGUCAUCAGGUGGGUGCCUCAGGUGAGCUGGCCUGGCCUUUUAUGGGGGCCCUUGCAGUAA